CACGCAGCGCAGCGCCGAGCCCGCGGGGUCAAAUCGAGCUCGGCAGCCGGCACGGAAGCCGCAUCGCAGGGGAGCAAGCGAGCAGGAGCAAUCCCCUGUACUGUAACCCCAAUGGACGCCGCCCAGCGCCGGGUCCGCGCGGUCUCCGCCCACCUCCAGCCGCCGCCGGCGCCCGCCGCGGGCCGCGGCCUCGCCGCCAACCCCACCGCCGGCGAGUACGCCCACGCGCAGGGCUACAGUGUUGUUCUCCCUGAGAAGUUGCAAACUGGGAAGUGGAACGUGUACCGGUCCGCACAUUCGCCUCUAAGUUUGAUUAGUAGAUAUCCUGGCAAUCCGGACAUUGGAACGCUGCACGAUAAUUUUGCGUAUGCAGUUGAAACUUUUAGAGAUUGUAGAUAUCUGGGAACAAGAAUCAGAGCAGAUGGGACAAUUGGAGACUACAAAUGGAUGACGUAUGGAGAAGCUAGCACAAGCAGGACUGCAGUAGGUUCUGGCCUUAUUUAUCAUGGAAUACCUAAAGGUGCACGCAUUGGUUUGUAUUUUAUAAACAGGCCUGAGUGGAUUAUAGUUGACCAUGCUUGUGCUUCAUAUUCAUACGUAUCUGUGCCACUUUAUGAUACUCUUGGUCCAGAUGCUGUUCAGUUCAUUGUGAACCAUGCAACUGUGGAAGUCGUAUUCUGUGUGCCUCAAACACUAAGCAUUCUGUUAAGUUUUAUCGCUCAAAUGCCAUGUGUUCGGCUUAUAGUGGUAGUUGGUGGAGACGAUGCAAAGAUGCCUUCAACUCCUGUAACUACUGGAGUGGAAAUCAUAACUUACUCCAGGUUACUCAUCCAGGGAAAGUCUAGUCCUCAACCUUUUCGUCCUCCAAAACCUGAAGAUGUUGCCACUAUCUGUUACACUAGUGGCACUACUGGCACGCCAAAGGGAGCUGUUCUUUCUCACGGGAACUUUAUUGCAAAUGUAGCAGGAUCAAGCCUGAACAUUAAGUUUUACCCCUCUGAUGUGUAUAUCUCAUAUCUACCUUUGGCUCACAUCUACGAGAGGGUUAACCAGGUUGCCUUGCUGCACUGUGGUGUUGCCGUUGGAUUCUACCAAGGGGAUAAUUUGAAGCUGAUGGACGAUUUGGCUGUUUUGAGACCGACAGUAUUCGCAAGUGUUCCCCGGUUAUAUAACAGAAUUUAUGCCGCAAUUACAAAUGCUGUGAAGGAGUCUGGUGGCCUGAAAGAAAAAUUGUUUCGUACUGCAUACAAUGCCAAGAGGCAAGCAAUCCUUACAGGGCGAAAUCCAUCCCCAAUGUGGGAUAAGUUGGUAUUUAACAAAAUAAAAGCUAGGCUUGGUGGACGCGUGAGACUUAUGAGUUCUGGUGCUUCUCCACUGUCAGCAGAUGUCAUGGAAUUCCUAAGAAUAUGCUUCGGUGGUGAAGUUAUUGAAGGCUAUGGAAUGACAGAGACAUCUUGUAUCAUAUCUGCAAUGGAUAUUGGUGAUAAAUCAAUUGGUCAUGUUGGAUCCCCAAUUUCAUCUUGUGAGGUGAAACUUGUGGAUGUCCCAGCAAUGAAUUAUACUUCUGAUGACCAACCAUAUCCUCGUGGAGAAAUUUGUGUUAGAGGACCCACGAUAUUCCGUGGUUACUACAAAGAUGAAGUACAAACAAGAGAAGUCAUUGAUGAAGAUGGUUGGUUGCACACUGGAGACAUAGGUCUGUGGUUGCCUGGAGGGCGUCUAAAGAUUAUUGAUAGGAAAAAGAACAUUUUCAAGUUAGCUCAAGGAGAAUACAUAGCUCCAGAGAAGAUUGAAAAUGUCUAUGCCAAAUGCAAGUUCAUUGCCCAAUGCUUUAUAUAUGGUGAUAGUUUCAACUCUUCCCUAGUUGCUGUUGUUGCAGUUGAACCAGAGGUUUUGAAGGCUUGGGCUGCGUCUGAAGGAAUCCAGUACGAAGACUUAAGGCAGCUUUGUGCUGAUCCUAGAGCAAGAGCUGCUGUCCUGGCUGAUAUGGAUUCUAUUGGAAAGGAAGCACAGCUAAGAGGUUUUGAAUUUGCUAAAGCUGUUUCGCUUGUUGCUGAACCAUUCACAUUGGAGAAUGGUCUCCUCACCCCAACAUUCAAGGUCAAAAGACCACAAGCUAAGACAUACUUUGCAAAAGAAAUAUCAGAUAUGUAUGCAGAGUUGAGGGAGACGGAGACAGCUAGGCCGAAGUUGUAAUCUCUUGUGUAAUCAUCAGACGGGAAGUGAAAUAUACAGGCUUACAGGAGAUUGUUGGAUCCCAAGAUACCAGAAUUAUUUCUUCAGAUCAUAAAAUAAGUUGAAUCUUUUGAAUGGCAGAAUUGUUCCUGCAAUGAUCAGGAAAAAGAUUCAACAAGCCGGAGGCGGUGCAGAUUGAAUACAUGGUACUUGCUAUAUGAACCAUUGGAUUUGUACCAUUAAAGAAAAAUCGGAUGUUGAGUGCAUGUUGAAUUUUUGCCCGUGUCCACUGCCCUCUUGAAUACACUGUACAUGUAACCCUGCUCUUGUAAACGUGCCAUGUGACUCUGUGAUUCUGAAUCUGUGCCCUAAUAUGGGACUUCAUAGAAAAAAAUAUUCUGCGCAACAAUGCAUAUGUACUGCAGAUGUAAUGUAACAGCAGCACUGAAGUAAAAGUUCACGGCAAACUGUACAUGCAUGCCUCUUUGGAUUGUA